AUGCAGUCCCUCCAAACAACAGGGCAAUUCAACGACGCCAAUUCUCCAAAAGAUGCCCGACCUGAACCUCUGGCCAAGGAGGCACCUCAGGCUGCAGAUCUCGAAAAGACGGCAUCCGUCUCGAGCGACGCACAAGCCGGCGUCCAAAACAUCGAAGCAGCCACCUCUGUCUGGACAAAAUGGCAUCUGGUAGCCGCAUAUGGAAUAAUAUGGCUCAUCUACUUCAUCACCUCCCUCGAAGAGGUCGUCGUCCGCGCAUACUCGCCCUUCAUCACCAGCAGUUUCUCAAUGCACAGCCUGACGGCGGCCACCAACAUAUUUGCUCCCAUCAUUGCCGGUCUGGCGAAGCUUCCGCUGGCCAAGAUCCUGGAUCUAUGGGGCCGGCCGCAGGGCUUGACGCUUAUGCUGGUCAUUUGGGCGCUGGGGUUCAUCAUGAUGGCGAGCUGCAAUGGUGUUGAGACGUUUGCUGCGGCCCAGGUCUUUUCCCUCGUCGGAGCCCAAGGCGUGAGCUACUGCCUAACCGUCUUCAUCGCCGACACAUCCAGCCUCAAGAACCGCGGUCUUGCUCUAUCCUGGGCCACCUCGCCGUACAUCGCCACAACCUGGAUAGGCGGCCCAAUGUCCGACGCCUUCCUCCGAGUCGGAGGUGCGGGAUGGCGCUGGGGUCUGGGCAUCUUUGCGAUCCUGACACCAGCCGUGGUGGCCCCCCUGAUCCUCCUCUUCCUCUGGAACCAGCACAGAGCGAAGAAACUCGGCGUCGUCGCACGCCAAACCCAUCCCUUCACCCUUGCCACGGCAAAGCAGCUCGCCAUCGAAUUCGACCUGCUCGGCAUCGUGCUGCUGGCAGCCGGCAUGGCCAUGUUCCUCCUGCCCAUGAGUAUCUGGUCGUACCAAGCCCAGCAGUGGCGGUCCCCGCUGAUCAUCUGCCUCAUCGUCUUUGGCGGCCUGCUCAUCAUUGCCUUUGCACUCUACGAGCACUUCCUGGCCCCGGUCAAUUUCGUGCCGACGCGCCUACUUGCCGACCGCAACGUACUGCUGUCCGGGAUGAUGCUGUUGCUUGUCUUCUUCAACGCAGCCGUAUGGGGCAGCUACUUCACGUCCAUGCUCAUGGUCGCGUUCAACCAGUCCAUCACCACCACAACCUACAUCAGCAACAUCUACCGCGUGGGGUCUUGCUUCUCGGCGCUGGUGAUUGGCUUCCUGAUCCGCUGGACGCGGCGGUUCAAGUGGGUAGCCCUGUACUUCGCGGUGCCCCUGAUGAUGCUGGGCGUCGGGCUCAUGAUCCACUUCCGGCAUCCGGACUCGGGCAUCGGCUACAUAGUCAUGACGCAGAUCUUCAUUGCCUUUGCCGGCGGCCCGAUUGUUAUCUGCGGCGAGCUGGCCAUGAUGUCGACGGUCACCCACCAGGAGAUUGCAGCCAUCCUGGCCAUUCUGGACCUGUUUGGCAGCGUUGGCACUGCCGUUGGCUCGACCGUCUCGGCGGCCAUCUGGACAGGCUCGUUCCCCGCCGCUCUGCGCCGCCAUCUGCCCCCCGGCUCGCCGGUCGAGACCAUCUACAGCAGCAUCUACUCCCAGCUUGGCUACGUCGUGGGCAGCCCAAUCCGGAAGGGUAUCGCGCUCGCCUAUGCUGAUGCACAAUGGUAUAUGUUGGUUACGAGUGUGUGUCUCUUAGGCGGCGCCUUGGUGUGCGUCGUCUUCUGGAGAGACGUCAAGCUCAAUGACAAGCAAGUCAAGGGCCUGGUGAUGUAA